AUGAAGUCGACUUUCUUUUCCCCGCGUGGCAUGCUCCUCGGAGCACUGGGCCUCCUCGCCGUGGCCACUGAGUGUUCCGCCAUGGGCACAGCGAAUAGCUUAUUGUUGACCCAGGUCGCCAAAACGGUCCAGCUACCCACGUUCACCUGGUCGGCCAACGGCACGCACACGGCCAGAGGAUACACCACCAAGCAGGCCAACGUGACAAGCGUGCAGGGGAUGCACGAGGACUGCGAGAACAUCAACUUGAACAAGAAGCUCUCGACCGACUUCCGCAGCGAUGUAUUUGGUAAUGGCGUCAUUGGUUUCUUCUACAAGUGCGAGCGGAUCAGCCAUGAUACCAACCUUUACUGGUUCACCAUCAGCUCUGGGAAUCAGUCUCAGAUCGACAGACUCUGCAGCCAAAAGUCGAGUUAUCCGAUUGUCUACGAUUCACAACACGGCACCUGGUUCAUUGAUGAACCGUUUGACUGCACUCAACGGACUGCCCCGUCGAACGUUUUCUAG